GACAAGAACUGAAUGAAGGAUGACGGUCUCGUACCAGUACCAAGUCGCUAACUCAACGAGGGGUGGAUUUACCAGGCUACUUUUUAUGUGGAGAGGCUCACUCUACAAGCUUAUCUAUAGAGAACUCUUCCUGUUUUUAUCUCUCUUCGCUGCACUUUCAGCCGUUUAUCGUUACUUGCUAAAUCCCAAGCAAAAAAAAGAAUUUGAGAAAAUCGUUAUUUACUGUGAUAACUUCAUCAAUUUAAUUCCGUUAAGUUUUGUUCUUGGAUUCUACGUAUCUUAUGUUGCACAAAGGUGGUGGCAACAGUAUCAAGCAAUACCUUGGCCUGAUAAAGUGAUGCAUUUAAUCGCAUUGUACGUUACGGGGAACGACGAGUAUGCUCGCGUGCUUCGAAGAAGCAUGAUGCGUUAUUUGAACCUUUCCUUGAUAUUGGUUUUACGUUCAAUCAGUUCAGCAGUAAAGAAACGUUUUCCGACACUGGAUCAUGUAGUUGACUCUGGUUUUAUGACAUCUAUAGAAUUAGAAUUAUUUCUGGCAGUACCAAGUUCAGAAUUUAAUACCUAUUGGAUCCCAUGCACAUGGUUUAUCAAUCUGCUGAAAGAAGCACGUCAGAAUCAUAGAACUCCUGAUCCCCAAGGAUUAAAACUGAUCAUGGAAGAAUUCAAUGAAUUUCGUACGAAAUGUGGCAUGCUAUGGAGCUUUGAUUGGAUAUCAAUCCCUUUAGUUUACACGCAAGUAGUUACACUGGCGACAUACAGUUUCUUUGCUGUAGCUUUAAUAGCGCGACAAUACAUUGAUGGCAAAGAGAAACAAUUUCAAUUGCAAAUUGAUAUUUACGUUCCUGUUUUUACCAUCCUGCAAUUCUUCUUCUUUAUGGGUUUAUUGAAGGUGGCAGAACAGUUAAUUAAUCCUUUUGGUGAUGACGAUGAAGACUUUGAACUCAACUGGAUAAUCGAUCGUCACACAAAGGUGUCGUAUCUUGGAGUAGAUACACUCAUGAAUCGUUGUCCGCCGCUGGUCAAAGAUAUUUACUUUGACAAUGAAAAUCUAAUUUUGCCGUACACUGAAGCAGCAGCUGCUUAUAAGAAGAAAACGUAUCGUGGUAGUGUGGCAAAUAUGACAGUACCUGAAGAAAAGCAAACUAUGUUCUUGCCAGAUGUUAUAGAAGAAGAUGAGGAGGAGGUGAAACUUUCUCACUAUACAUCAACCAUAAGUUUAGCUACUCAUAAUGAAAGUCCAUUAUGCCAAAGACGCCAGAUCAGCCAGCGCGCUGAAACACCUACAAAAACUGAUCAAACAUGUCCAGAGACAAUUGUACAAUUUGAUAUUCAAGAACCAACGCAAGUAGAUCAGACAGACCGAUCUAGAGUAACAGAGGCCAUGAGGCGAAUUUCAAAUCUAGGAAGACAUUCGGCGUCGCAAAUCGAUCACACGCGGAAACCGUUUUUCAUGUUAACAAAAAGUCCUAAAAUGGUUCUGCGGCCUAGCUCGAGCACAUCCACUUUGUCAAAACCCACGAGACAAAUCAUUGAUACUCCUACGGUAUAUGUUAGCGAGGAAAAUCCAUGGAGAGAAUACACACCACACGUUGUGCAUCCACUGCCUUUAGAAAUGUUUGCUUUACAACAAUCUCCAGAUGAGGAGAAACAAAGUGAUUUUGAAAGUUCACAAUUACCUGAUACUCCUCAUUCAGACACGUGUCAAUCACACUGUCACCACACAAGCUCUUUGAAAUUGUCAGACACGAACUUAUCAGUUCCUACACAAGCAACGACGUCAAAAUCCACUCCUAAAUAUAUUAUUAGGCGACAUAAAUCAAUGGAAACUGGUAAAAAGAAAGGCAGUCGAUGGAAGAAAUUUAUGAGGAUGCAUCGCAAAGGAAAAGUGGAAGAUAUAAUGGUAGUGGAAGAAAUGAUACCUUAUACAAGAAGCUCGCCGAAUUUAAAACACUUGGACAAGGCUUGGCAGAGUUCAGUGAAAGAUACACCUGAUGACGAUACGAACUCUUCCUCGAGAGAAGAAUAAGUUAUUGAUUUGUAAUUAUAUAUGUGUAAAUACCGUUAAUUAUUAAAAACCAAAGGUAUAAAACAAAGGUGUAAAGCAUAAAAUACUUCCCAUAUUAAUGCUAUUAAUUAUUUAUGUAUGUAUUGCAACAUUAUUGUACAUGUUUAGGAAAAAGUGAAUUCGGUAUAAAAACAUAUUGCUAUUUAUAAAAAUUUCACCCGUCUAAUGUUCAUUACAUUACUUAAUUACUUUGUUCUUGUUUAAAAAACAAUGUCUUUUUUAGCUAAUUACUGACAAAACAGUAUACGUAUGUUUCAUCCGUUGUUAUAAAUUACUAUGAUUGUUUCAAAACUUAUUAACUUAUUUUAUACAUU